UUUUUUAAAACGAAGCUGUGACACGGGACAUCCGUUUUUAAGGUCAUCUCCGAGGACCCGUGACAUUCACAUCUGAUGCCGAGCGUUUAGCGAUGGAACUGUCACUAUCUCGAACCCCGGGCCUUCCGCAUGCGAACGCUCUAACCUCUCGGCCACCGAGGCGGUUAAAAAAUAAAUAAAAUCAAUUGUAAGAAUUGACACAACUAGUACUGUUGUUGAAUUCUUCAAAAGAGUCCCGUGGGGAUCCGAGUUAGAAUAGGUCCUCGGUACCCCUUGCUUGUCAUAAGAGGCGAUUAAAUAGGGCGGUCCUUCAGAUGAGACCGCAAAAACCGAGGCCCCAUGCUCGAAGGCCGUAAGCGCCGAUCAUAGGCCUAAAUUUGGCAGCCCUUCACCGACAAUGGUGACGUCUUCAUCAUCAUGAGUGAAACAAUCUCGAGAGGGACGUUAAACAAUAUACAAUAAGAAUUUAGAAACAAUGAAUUGAUAUGUGAAGUUAAGAUUGAGGGACCAGAAGAAUACUCACUCCCAUUGGUCGAGUCACAGACACCAAAACACUGCUUUUACCUAAGCUAAACCAUUUGUUUAUUACACUACCAAAUCCAGAUAAAGAUACCUUGUUUUUUCUGAAUAACUUUUUUUAAAAAAUUUAUAUGGAAUUCAAAGAUUGACAAGGUCCAGAGACAAAUUGUCACCCAAGAUUACUUAAAAAGUGGCAUAAAAAUGGUUGAGGUGAAAUUUUUUUUACAAUGUCUUCAUAUUACUGGGCUGAUACAUUAUCUUGUUUUCAAAUACAAAGUUGAAAAAUUUGUAGCAAUUAAAUUAAGUGAAGUUUUGAAAUUUGACAGACUUUGGGGAAAACUAUUUUUGAUCUGUAACCUAGAAUAAGAAGUAUUCAACCAAUAAUGCUGAACUAGUAGUGUGAAAGAGUGUGAGAAUGUAUAAAAUGAUUAAUAUGUAUCUUCAUUACUAUUACUGAUGAUUAUGUGAAUAUCGAAAAAGAAUAAAUAAAAAAAAAAAAAGAGGGAAAAGGCCUACUUAUACAAAGCGCUUUCAAAUGAUCAACGACACGAACAACCAGAUUGUCAAUUUUUCGAGACGACAUGUCCCUUCUCCAGGGCAAGUGAAAAGAUUUAAAUAUGGCAAAUAUUAACGCAACGACAAAAACUACAUAUAAAUACACCUAGCAUUAAAUAUACAAACGUAUUUACACCGCAGACUACAUGUUUUUUGGUUUUUAGGCCUGCCAAUGAAUGCUAAGUGCGGAGCGAAGUAGGGCAUGUCCUAUUCCUCCAAAGAGCUGAUCCACAAUCUGAUUAUUGCGCUUUGUAUAUAUAUCUAUCUAUAUCGAUUGUUUUACGUUCCGUCGAGAGUUUUUUCAAUCAUAUUGAAAAGUACCACAAAUUUAUACCUGGGUCAUUCUACAAAACUUUACCAAUUACUGUCCCGAAAGUAUUUGAUGAUUAUCUGAACUAAAAAUCUAUUAAAUUUUACGCUUCUUCGUGAACUUGAAACUCUAAUGAUCUAUUCUUAGGAAAUACGAGGGGGGGGGGGAUUAGAAAUCAACAAUGAAAUGAGUUUUAAAUUACGUUUUCCUUUGCAGUAAUAGAUCUGGGGUUUGUCCCUAUCCCAUUAAUCGAUAUAUCAAUUGCAUUUUCACCCAAGUUUUCGUGUUUUUUAAUAACUUGUUGAUUUCAUUUUCUGUACACAUAAUCUAUUAAUAUGUAAAUCUGAUACGUAAAAGACACAAUUACAAUGAAAAAUAUAAAAAAAAUCCGCAUGUUUGUUGGUGUCCCUUAUUCUUUUGUCAUGACCGAAACGUCAACGAAAUUCCAAGAAUAUAUGCGAGUUAUCGAACUUACAAUGCACUCUUCAUGGAAGAAGGAACGUUUGUUUUGACCUAAUCUGGAUGGCGCGAGUUUGCAAAGACAGCAUAGAAGUUGAUGAUGAAUAUUUGACACGUAAGUAUUAUUUUUUCAUCCAUACCUUAAAUAAACAUCAGGACCGUAUGUAGAAUAAAAGAAUUACGCGAAUUUGAUUUUUAAAAUAUGUUAGAAACAUUGGAAGAAUAUGUUAUUUUACCUAUAUACAAUAUGGCAUGCUUGCCAUUUUUAAUGUACGACAGCACAAUAGCGAAAUAACUUUAAAAUGUCAUUACCGUAACGGUCAUGUACCGUAACACGCUUCUGUUACGGUCUUGACAUGAAUGUUACGGUCAUGAUGUAGAAAUCCCAAAUUUCAAAAAUAAAUAUAAUUUAUCUUUAUAAUUAAACAUACAGAAUAUGCAUUGCACUAUUUAAAAUGUUAAAAUGAAUAAUUUAUGCAAAAUCCAAAAUAAUAAGAAGAACAGAUAAAACUAAAGAACUGGGUCGUCGAAAUGUACAUGUUUAUUCAAUUUAUUUUUACUUUAACAGAAUCCCGGAAAGAGUUAAACAGCGCAGACUUAGCACUUGCCAGAGUUGAACGGUUGUUCUAUUCUGCCCUCAGAAAAGUUCACAGUGACGGUUGGGGGACACAUGUGUGCGAUCUCCAUGACGCACUGCUGACAUCAAGAGACAUACUUAAACUUAAAGGAAAACAGGCAAAGCAAUGGUUUUGUCAGGAAAAGAGAGAGCUGCAUUGUGGCGCCAAUGCCAAAGAGCAGACCCUGUUCUUUAUGAGCAGUACAAGCAACAAGAGCGAGAAAGAAACAAGAAGAGAAAAGAAAAAGGGGACAAAAACAGAAGUAUUCAAGAAAUGUCAGCAAGGGAUCAAAGGAAAAAAAAGAAGGAGUGCACAGACAAACAAACGAAAACGAGACAAGCAACUGAUAGAUUGUUUUCCAGUAACACCACCAACAUCACCACCACACGAUUUAGCUGCAGUUGUUAAUCAACAGGGGAGAGUAAAUACAAUGCGUAGGAAUGGACGGGAAAAAAUAAAGAGAGACAGAGCCAAGGUCUACAGAACGAUUGAAAAGCUUAAGGUAAAGCUGUUCCAGCAGACUCGGCUACUACACAAAAUGGAAAAAGAGAUACCAGCGGACAAAAAACAACAUUAACUCAGAUUUACAUAAAAGGGUGGAUUUUAUAAUCAAAAGAGGAGAAACAAAGAGAGAUCUGAUGCUAUAUCAGACGAUUACUGAUAGAAUUAGAAAACGGUACACAAUGGCAAAAAGUAACCAAGAAAAACGCCAAAUAUCAAGCAUUGUUUGUGCAUACCAGACCUUGAGACGCUACCGUAUGGGUCGGUAUGCUCAACAAUCUCUAGGGAUUUCUGUCCAGAGAAAGAGUCAGAAUAGAAGAUGUAUAAAGGUGACCACGAGGACAAAGAAACUUGUAUGCGAGUGUCUCAAUCGUGAUGACAACUCAAGGAUAAAAGCUGGAAAGAAGGCUACAAUAACUAGGAAGGGAAUAAAGAGGCAGAUACGCUUAUUGAACUAAAUUCCUAACUGAGACGUCCUGCAAAAUUUCAUAUAGUUUAAUUUGUCGUUUCAAGCCCUUCAACAUUCUUCGACCUACUGCAAAGGAUCGAGAUACAUGUCUCAAGUUAGAGAAAUGUUUUCACGAGAGAGUAUUGAACAAUAAAGAUGUUGAGAAAGUUCUGCAAACAAUUACAUGUGACAUCGAGAAGAAGGAGUGCAUGUACAGAGAGUGUAGAGUUUGCGGUAGUGGAGAGAUAACAUUUGAUCAGAGCAUUCAUUUGGGAAAGCAAGUUUCCUGGUUUACCUGGAAAACCAAGCAAGUUGAAAAGGAGAUCACGAUGCAUGGAAAUACAGUCCAGAAGAAAAUGACAGUUACAGCAAAGGAGAGUGAAUAUGGAUCACUUGAAGUUCUCCAGGAAGAAGUGAACAAGGAUAUCAAACGCCUCUCCAAGCACUUUUUUAACAUCCGGCACCAAUACCGCACUCUGCGAUACUUGAGAGAAGACUUAACAACUGACGAAAUACUAGUUCAUAUUGAUUUUUCAGAAAAUUAUAACUGUAAAUAUUCGAGCGAAAUUCAAAGCAUGCAUUUUGGUUCCUCCCAAAAGCAAAUUUCACUACAGACUGGUGUGGCUUACUCAAAAGGGAAAGUUGUGUCGUUUUGUACUGUGUCAGACUGCCUUAAGCAUAACCCAGCAGCCAUAUGGGCCCACAUGCACCCUGUACUGGAAUAUCUAAGGAACGAAACGAAUGCUACGGUUAUACAUAUCAUUAGCGACGGUCCAACAACUCAGUACCGCAACAAACAGAACGUUUACUUGUUAGCUAACAAAGUGUUCAGUUAUGGUUUCCGGUGUGCAACUUGGAAUUUCCUGGAAGCAGGGCAUGGAAAGGGCGCAGCUGACGGUAUUGGGGUUGUUGUAAAGAGAACAGCUGAUGCUUUUGUCAACAAAGGAGGGGAUAUUACAAAAGCAAGUGAACUCAUGACUGCCUUGGAAUCGUGUACAUCAAUUAAAUUGAUGAUGGUUUCUGAGUUAAACAUCAAGGAUGUAGAAGAGGAAAUCCCACUAUCGGUUAAACCAGUCCCCAGAACAAUGCAGUUACACCAGAUAUUAGUCCCUCAACAAGGAAUGAUCAGCCACAGGCCACUUUCUUGCUUUUGCUCUCGCCCAAACUUAGUGUGCAACUGUUUCCAGCCUGAGACGGCGUCUUUUCCCGUGCAGUCGGAUUUUGAUGUUAUCGAUUCUUCAUCUCCUUCAAAGGAAAGGGAAACUGAGCCUGUUCGUGACGCAAAUCAACUUCAGCGAAUCGAACUGGUGGAUGAAAGUCUCAUAUCGCAACACUGUGUUGUUAAGUAUGACGGCAGGGCUUAUCCAGGAGUCGUAUUGGCAGUUGAUCAAGAUGAUGAAAUCGAAGUAAAAACCAUGCACAGAGUAGAACGUAAUCGGUUUUUUUGGCCAAUGUCUGAUGAUUCCCUAUGGUAUCCCAAAGAGAAUAUUAUAACCCUUCUGAAGAAUCCGCCCAGGUCAGUUACCAAAAGGCACGUUGAAAUUGAGCCGGCCAUCUGGAUGUUAAUUGAACAGGAAGAAGAUGAAUUUUAAAUUGAUGACUUUGCAAUAUGAUUGAACUGUUUGAUUUGAAUUAAAUACUGUUUCGUGUUUGUUAACAAUGUCGUUAGUAUUGUUUCAUUUCUAACACAAAGACCAUAAUUUGCAGUGUCAAUUGACUAUUUCGUCAUGACCACAACAUUUCUUCUUGACCGUAACAAAUUGUCCUGACCGUAACAUGCG